GGCGAACCGUACAUUGGCAAUCUCUUGGCCUCGAACCACCACCAUCUGCCUUACUUUUUCUCUCUUCCCUUACGAGCUUUGACGACCUGAAUGCCUCAUCUCAACUUUUCGUCGCAGGCAGGCUUGGAAGCAGACCGCUCGUUCUUGAGCCACCCGGUCUAUCUCUUCGCACGAGACGCGCAGUCGACCCUCACACCUAAUGCGACCCAGAGAAUUACGCUUAUCGUAGCAGCAUGCUAUAUUGUAGCCAUAGCCAUUUUAUGGCACGUACCAUACCUAACUAUGAUCUUGUAUCCUUUCAAAUUGCUCACCGUCGGCUUCCACGAGAUGAGCCACGCUAUCAUGGGCAUCCUCACAUGCGCAACCAUUCAUUCUAUCGAACUGGACCCGGACGAAGGUGGUGCAACUCGGAUGUCCGGCGGCAUACCGUGGCUUACCUUGCCUGCGGGCUACCUUGGGUCAAGCUUCAUCGGUGCUGCGCUCAUCGCCUGCGGAUUCGACACUAAUGCGAGCAAGAUCGCGUGCCUGGUGCUUGCGGGGUUCUUCCUGUUCACUCUGUGGUGGGCAAGGCGCGAGAUACUAACUUGGCUUCUCAUUCUGGGCAUGACCGGCUUGAUUGUCCUGUUUUGGUUUGUCGCGGGUGGCGUGGCCUUACGCUAUUUCGUGCUAUUUAUUGGCGUCAUGUCGUGCCUUUAUGUACUCUGGGACGUCAUAGAUGACACCAUUGCUCGUAAAGUGAACGGUUCGGACGCUUCGUCCUUCGCCAAGAUAUGCGGCUGCUGUCCGUCUCAAGUGUGGGGUGUCAUCUGGCUCCUGAUAGCUGCUGUCUUUUUCGCGGCAGGCAUCCUCGUCGGCAUCGCCGCUUUCAAGGAAUCUGCCGCCCAACAGGCCUCGGAUUCUAAGCAUUUCCUCCCUGUACCCGGCGCUUCCAACGCCGCACUCAGCUUGUCGCCCGAUUGCACCUACCCCGCCGGUGUCCUCGUCAGCCUGUUGCUGAGUGGGUGCUUGGCCCUUGUUAUUUGAUAUACUGCCCUGAAGCUGGGCAUAUGACAUGUGUUUUUGUUGAGCCUAGAGCAGACCUGAUUGACGUCGGACUGACGGACUUCUUGCCCAUGUAUGGCUUUCGCGUGUAGUUGUAUACAAUGACCCUGUAAUACCACCUAAAUCCGCCUGUAUAUGUUCAUUUCGUACCUCCUUGCAUUUCGGCUAUGCUGACGCAAGGUCUGUAGCGGAUUCUCUGGUGGUGGGGGACAUUCUCGCCCACGGGCAACACGUUGCGAACAUGUAGUCCAAUUUAAAAUAAAAUACAAUAAAAAAUCGACAUUUGC